AAAUCUCUUCACCUUGAAAGAUUCUCCGAUGGAAGAGCAGUCCGUCGCCGCCGCAGCCGCCGAAUCGGAGGAAAUCAUCUCCGACUCGUUUACUUGUUGCUCACUACCAUCAACCAAACAAGCCCUCAAAAUUUUUGGGGUUUCCUAUGCUGGGAGACAACAAAGUGGUGGUAGGUCAAGUGUUUUCCAUGUUAAAAAGUGGGAUAAUUGGACUCUUGGAGUGGACUUACAAACUUAGAAUGUCAAAGAUUUCAUUGGAGGACUGUUCUUUUUUGUGCCUUGCCUCGUUCUCAAUCACUCAAGUUUAUUUUUGUCAUGCAGGGAUCUUCUUUACAAGCCAAUAGUUCUAGGUAAGACAUUGCUACAUUCUAGUUGUUUGAACAAGGUGAAUUCUUCGAAUAUAAAUGAUCUUUAAUU